AUGGCGCGCUCCUCCAGGCUGCUAUUCGCGGCUCUGUUGGCCUGCCUGGCCGUCAGUGUGCUCGCAAAUGGCGGUGGCGGGCAGCAGUUUGUGAAGCAGCUGGUUGACCUGCACGGCAACUUGACCGGGGCGCUCGAGCCCUUGGCGCAGCCCGCCGUCGCCCUCUUGGACGGCGCAGAGAAGCAUGGGAGCGCCGCUCACAAGGCUGCCAGCGAGCUGGGCGUGCAGCUGGCUGGCGCAGCCGCUGCCACCGGCAACCAGGUUGCUGAUGCUGCCGUAGCCAACGGCGUCGCGCUGGCUGGGGGCGUCGCUUCGCUCAGCGACCAGGUCCUGGCCCACCUCGCAAAGCAACUCAACGGCACCGACAAGCGCGUGGUGGUGCUGGUGGACGGCCUGGUCAAGCCCAUCGGCGAGCAGGCCGAGGCCCUGGCCAACAGCGCCACUGAUGCUAUCCACGGCGCCGUCAGGACUGUCGCCAAGACCGCCCACGGCCUCAACAAGCAGCUGGUGGAGGUUGCCCCUCAGUUGAACCUCACCAACCUGGCCACCAUCAACGUCGGUGACAUCCAGUCCAUUGUGCAGCCCUACCUUGACGCCGGCCACCAGACCGUUGUCGUCGCCCUCAAGCCCCUGGCUAGCCAGUUCAACGACCUCGCGGGCCAGGCGCAGCUCGCCGGCCACGCCGCCGUUCGGCCGCUCUACAAGACGGCCUCCGGCUUGGCGGACGGCGCCGUCGACCUGAGCGUGGAGGUGCUGAAGGGCGCCCUCACCCGCGGCGUUUACGCCGCCCAGGGCUUUGAGAAGAGCGCCUCCGCUGCCGCCGCGCAGCUGGGCACCGCGCUCGGCCCCGUCGCCGCCGGCUUGCACAACGGUCUUGACGCCGCCACCCAGGUGGCCGUCGGGGGCGCCGUCGCCGGUGCCGCCCACCUCGCCCAAGUCGCGAACCUCACCGCCCCCCUCCUGAGCGGCGCGCGUGCCCACGUCGGCAGCGUGCUUGACACCGUCAACAGCACCACCCAGCCCCUCCGCAAGGCCGCCAUUGGCGCGCUGGGCAACGUGAACGCCGAGCUGAACAAGCGCGCCUGGGACCUUGCCCAGAGCGCCGUGCCCGUCAUCAACAAGAACCUCGCAUCCCUGAGCCACGGCCUGAACCAGGCCUCGGAGCAGAUUUCCGGCGGCGUGGAUCUCGGCCUGAACACCAUCCAGAAGGUCAGCAUCCCCAAGCCCGUGCUCGCCGUCGCCGACCGCGCGCUGUCCAACGGCGCCGCGAGCCUGCAGGCCACCCUUGGCGGCCUGGCCAACGUCUCCAACACCGUGUCCGAGAACGUGAACAAGAACGCCGCCAUCAUCCAGCAGAAGCUCGACAAGCCCUUCUCGGCAGUGCUGCCGCGCGCCCUCAACGGCGCCCUCGAGGUCGAGAACGCCAUUGCCAACGCCGCCGCCAAGGGCGUGUACACCGCCGGUCAGGCCAUUGCGCGCACCGCCAAGCACGCUACCCAGGCCGGCGUGCAGACCUACAACGAGGCGGUGCCUGAGCGCAUCGGCGGCCACGUCCUGCCCCGCAUCCAGGUUCAGCAGCCUGCCGCGGCCAGCAAGGGCCAGUAG